GUUGGCCUGUAGAGGUCUCUGUGUUACAGCUCGCAGGGCAAAUCAGGGAACUUUGCUAAGACUGCGGCGACCGUCAGAGCUCGUUCGGUCAGUCCGUCGCGCUCUUUCUCUCUUCGCUGCGGGAAUGUUAUACAGGAACCGGAGCGACGAGCUGCGCUUUUUGGCAGCCGCCGGGACCGAGCAGCGGACUUUACCCUUCCAUGCAGCAACGACUCUGAGAGGGGCUGUUAUGCUUUAAAGAGGGGCCCGGGACAAGGAGCGGAGCAAGGCAACGCGCAUGGAAGGGAGGCACCAUGAGUGCAGCCGAAACUAAGAAGCCACCAGUGGCCCCAAAACCAAAAUUGGUGAUAGGACACAAAAUAGUGCCACCUCCUGUAGCACCUAAACCAGACGUGGUGGUGGUGGAUGUUCUGCAAUCCUCAAAGAAAACAAAGCCUGCAAUAGCACCAAAACCAAAAGUGCUUAAAUCCUCGUCUGUUCCUGAAGUUAAAACUGCCUCUGCCUCCAUAAGGAGAAAUUUAAAGAGUUUAGAAGAUCACAAAAAAGACUCUUCUGAGUACUUUGUUCAUCUGAAUUAUAAAAAUGGGGUGCCAACAGACAAUGCGGCUUAUAUUAUAUCCCUGUGUUCUUGCAAUUUUGAGUGCAUCCAUAAAUGUGGGGAUCAGGAGAAUACAUGCAAAAAUGCAACCAUUUUUGAACAGUUAGAAAACCUAGAGAACAUUGAUAUAGAUGAACAACCAUCAUCAUCUUUGAAGCCUGGAACAAUAUUUGAAAGCAAUAAUGAAAACAAUACCAAUAACUAUAAGGUUGUCUUAAAGACUAAUGUUCUAGAGGAAAAACUUGAAGAUGUUGUGAUACAAAAUGUUUUCCCUAAUAAUGGCCAUUUGAGGCAAAGGCAUUUAAGUAAACCUGAAACAGUUAAUCCUGUUAAUUAUAACAAUGAUAUUAAAAUAGAAUUUACAAAUCUUGUCCCACCUAUAUCCAGUUUUGAAAAAAUUAAGGACAGCUCAAAUGAUGAUGCAAAGAUAGCUGUUGUUGAAUCUGAAAUGUUGGAAGUUCCUCUUUUGACUGAAAACAACAAUAAUUCCUUCUGUUUGAGUAACUCAGCAGAUAUGGAAAAAAUGGAUGUGGAUAAUACAUCUAUAAUAUCUUGCCCAAAAGACAGUGACAGACUUUCAUUUGGAACCAACUCUGUAGUAUCAACUAAACCUUUUCCAGUUCCAAAACCAAGAAAGCUACAUACUUCCUGUCUAGUUCGUCAAGAUGGCAUUGAUGUUUCAGGAGAGGAUGAAUAUGAUAGUUCUGGGAUUCAUGAGUAUGCCACUAAGAAAACAGCAAAAAUUAAUGUUCUAGUUCAGAGCGUUUCCUAUAAAAAUCAAGAACAUAUAAAUGCAGUGGAUAAAUUUGAGGUUGCUUCAUAUUCUGUAAGAAAAGUGCAUCCUACAACAGAAUCUGCUGAAUCCAAAGAACUGAUUCCACAAAGCCACUCACCUGAAAUUGUACAUGAAAACUCUCACUUAGAAAAUAUUGGACAUUCUUUGGACCUUCAUUCAAUAAACCCUUCCAUUAACAUAAUGGAAGAUAACAGUAUGUUGGCAACUGAUCCUAAAGAGACUGGCUUUGUACGCUGUAGUAAUCUUUCUAUGAGUUUGCCUAAACAAAUAAAAUUAUCAUGCAAUCAACCUUUACCGGCCUUGGUGACCCUCGAUGCCUCUGCACAAAAGAAGGAAGCUAAAUAUGUUUACUUAAAAGGUGAAAGUUCACGAAUCAUUCCUAAGAAACCUCAAAGACAUGGCAUCGCUGCAGCUGGACUAUUAAAAAAAGCUUCAUCAGAGGAACUCUUAGAGACAAGUGCUUAUUUUUCUAAUGAAAAUAGACCUUCAGAGGCUCCUCUGAUAAGGCAUUUCUCAACCAGAGAAGAAAAUGCAGUCCUGUCAUGUGAUACUCCAACAUCAUCUUUGGAGAAACCAAUUUGGAAAUUACCUCAUCCUAUCCUUCCAUUUUCAGGAAACCCAGAAGCCUUAAAAAACACCAAAAAUGCAAAAAAAAUGGAAUGCUUCAGGACUAUAACAAAACCUCGAGCCAAAUCCUUGUCUUCUGUAGACAUGGACAGAAUACACAAGCCUCCAAAAGAACCUCAAAAGAAAAGCUCGCUAAAAAAAUUCCUAAACAUGAAAUGGUCUGUUUGCAUAUUGAAAAGUGACUUCCAGAAAUUUCUGGCAAAGGCCACACAGUCUACAGAUAAUGCCAAUGGGAGUAUCCCUGGUGGAGAAGGGCCUGCCAAAAACUGGAAUGUGAUGGCCACGACAAACGGAAGGAAAGCUAAACCUGCAAAGGCACAUUCAGCAGAAAUAGGCAGCUUAUUCUCACAAAAGGGAAAACAGAAAUCCAGAGGUCAGAAUGAAAUUAACAUUGGUCAGAGAUCAAAGUCUUUAGAUGAACAGGCUUUCUCAUUGCAAGGACAUUUGAAUUCUCAUACGCAUGACAACAUACAUGAAUAUGAAAAUGUGAGCCAUUAUGAAGAAAUCCCAGAAUACGAGAACUUGCCUUUUGCAGCUACUGAUAAAGAAAUAUGUUUUGAAAGACAACAUUCUAGCAGUGUUGAAAACCAGGAUGCUAAUGUGUAUGAGGUGGAAGAGCUGUACGAACCUACAAGGAGCUGUUUAGAGUUUGGCAGGUCCUCAGCUGAAUGUGAUGGCUCAGAAUUGAUGUUGGAAGAUGUACAUUCAGAUGAUGAAAUGAUGCCAAGAGAUAUGAACAGCUCUGAUGAUGAUGAUGAUGAUGAUGAUGAUGAUGAUGAUGAUGAUACCAAUUCAGACUCCAGUAAAGGGGAGUCUGAUGCACAGGAAAACAAGCAGAUUAAAGCAGCUGGAAAGAAAACAAAGGUUUAUCAUAUUGCUAAAGAAAUAAUGAGCUCAGAGAAAGUGUUUGUGGAUGUUCUAAAGCUUCUGCACAUUGAUUUUCGGGAUUCAGUGGCACAUGCUUCUAGGCAGCUUGGAAAGCCAAUAAUUGAAGAUAAGAUCCUGAAUCAGAUCUUGUACUAUCUACCUCAGCUAUAUGAGCUUAAUCGGGACCUUCUGAGAGAACUAGAAGAACGCCUUUCUCAUUGGAUUAACCAUCAGAGAAUUGCUGAUAUAUUUGUGAAAAAGGGACCUUACUUAAAGAUGUAUUCAACUUACAUCAAAGAGUUUGAUCGAAAUGUAGCUCUGCUUGAUGAACAUUGUAAAAAGAACCCUGGGUUUGCUACUGUUGUUCGAGAAUUUGAGAUGAGUCCCCGCUGUGCUAACCUGGCACUCAAACACUAUUUGCUGAAGCCUGUUCAGAGGAUCCCUCAAUAUAGGCUUCUUUUGACAGAUUAUCUAAAGAACCUUUUAGAAGAUUCAGCUGACUUCAAAGAUACUCGGGAUGCUCUUGCUGUCGUCAUAGAAGUGGCCAACCAUGCAAAUGACAUUAUGAAACAGGGGGAUAAUUUUCAGAAGCUUAUGCAAAUACAAUACAGCUUAACUGGUCAUCAUGAAAUUGUACAGCCUGGGAGGGUGUUUUUGAAAGAAGGAACAUUGAUGAAACUGUCCCGAAAAGUUAUGCAGCCACGGAUGUUUUUUUUGUUUAAUGAUGCCCUGUUGUAUACAACUCCUCUUCAGUCUGGAAUGUAUAAACUCAACAACAUGCUGUCACUGGCUGGAAUGAAAGUUAAGAAGCCAACUCACGAAGCUUAUCAAAAUGAACUGAACAUAGAAAGUGUAGAACGAUCCUUCAUUCUCUCAGCAAAUUCUGCUACAGAGAGAGAUGAAUGGUUAGAAACUAUCUCUCGGUCAAUUGAAGACUACACCAAAAAAAGAAUCACCUUUAACCCUACUAAAAGUCUGGAAGAGGCAGACCUAGAGAAAGAAGGAGAAAGACCUGUAGGAUCCAAAGCUCCAAUCUGGAUUCCUGACACCAGAGCUACCAUGUGUAUGAUUUGUACUAGUGAAUUCACUCUGACAUGGAGAAGGCACCACUGCAGAGCUUGUGGGAAGAUAAUCUGCCAAGCUUGUUCAUCAAAUAAACAUGGAUUAGACUACAUGAAAAAUCACCCCGCAAGAGUGUGUGAUCAUUGCUUUAAGGAGCUACAAAAACAGGAUAAUAUGUAUACUUCUCCUAAAAAUGGAUCUCCACUGAAUCACCGAUCUCCAACUAAUGCUUUGUCUACAGUACUGCACAGUAUUCCAUCUGGCAGAAAGCAGAAAAAAAUUCCAGCUGCACUCAAGGAAGUAUCGGCUAAUACAGAAGAUUCUUCAAUAAGUGGCUACUUGUACAGAUCAAAGGGCACCAAGAAACCAUGGAAACACCUGUGGUUUGUGAUAAAAAAUAAAGUGCUAUACACAUAUGCUGCUAGUGAGGAUGUAGCUGCUUUAGAGAGCCAACCUUUACUGGGUUUUACAGUUGCUGAAGUUAAAGAUGAACACUUAGAAUCUAAAGUUUUCCAUUUAUUGCACAAAAAUACUUUAUUUUACAUAUUCAAAGCGGAUGAUUCCCAGUCAGCACAAAAGUGGAUAGAAGCUUUUCAAGAAGCCACAAUAUUGUAGCACAUUCUGGGUUUAAAGAACAUGUCAGAUAACUAAGUGAAUGCUACAGUUCUGUAUGUUAUAGUCACUGGAUUGGCCCAGGCAAAGCAGUUUGUUUUUUUAGAGUGGUCUGAACCUGGUCUCUGGUUCAGGCAUAAUGAUUUUUAAAGAAAUGUGUAUACUUGUUAUUUAUUAAACUCUAUCACUGUUUUACAUUCA